ACAAAGAGAAAUAGUAUUGGAGAGGCAGGGCAGCGGGGCAGAGGUGCAGAUGAAAAGAACCUAGAGAAACUACUUCUUCAAGCUCUGAUUUACAACUACCAGACCUCCAAAAUAAAAAUGAAUGGACAGAAGCAAUGGACGAGUGUGGCUGUGAUGGCGCUCCUGGUGCUAACGGUGAUGGCAGCUGAAGGAGGCAAAGCAGAGAAACAAGGAAAGAAGGAGCGCAAGUCGGACUGCGGGGAGUGGCAGUGGAGCGUAUGCGUAGCCAAUGAAGGGGACUGUGGACUCGGCACCAGGGAGGGAACGCGCACCGGCACUGACUGCAAGCAGACCAUCAAGACCCAACGCUGCAAGAUCCCCUGCAACUGGAAGAAGAAGUUCGGAGGGGAAUGCAAGUACGACUUCCAGGCGUGGGGGGAGUGCGAUCUGGCGACGGGCAAGAAGAACAGGACGGGCGUGCUGAAGCGAGCGCUCAUGGACGCGACCUGCGCCGCCACCGUCACAGCCACCAAGCCUUGUGGGAAAAUCCCCAAGACCAAGCUGCAAGAUGCAAAGAAGCAAAAGAAGGAAGGCAAGAAGCGAGAGCGCGCCCAAAUGGACUGAUGAGGUUGUUUGUCACGGGGGAGGAAGGAAGAAGAGGGUGGAAAAAAAAAACGUCCACUGCCCUAUUUCAACACGGUUCCUCUUUAUAUGUCCUGUAGAUUGACAGUAGGAGCCAAUAGAGCUUUGACAAAAAAAACAAAAAACAACAAAAAAAAAAAAAACAGUGGAAACACGACUAUUAGUAACGACAUGUUUUACUUUUUCUUCUUUCUAGCACCUGAUACGAACUUGUAUGUUGCGAUAUAGGAGAUGUAAUACUCAGUGGUAGGGACAAAAUAAUGAAUAUGGAGACUUGUUUACUAGUGUUCUCACCUAAUGAUGUUGUUUCUAGGAUCAUUUUCGGAAGUACAAAUUGGGUAGGAUUUGUUUUACAGUUGCAUAGCCUAACUCUAAUUUGGAAAAGCCUUUGGACUUAAUGAAGCAGUUUGCUCAAAGUGGAGCUCUGAACAUCUUCACUUCAUUAAUUUGAGCAAAAAAAAAAAAGAAAAAGAAAAAAAGAAAAAGAAAGAAAAAAAAAGAAAUUUUUCAAGUGGCUCAAGUUAAUUGUAACCCUUUCCCUCCUAAAACUGUGGUAUAAUAUUUCUCUUUUUUUCUUUUAUUUCCACUAAGAGCAAACAAAGCAUGAGCUAGUUGUGUCUGGAGUAGAAGCUCUACAUGUGUGCAAACUGUUACUGUUCUUAGUUUGUUUUUCCUCCUGCUGCUCUGUUGUACCUCAGUUUAUAUACCCACUGAUUUUUACCCUCCACCUCCUGGCUGUAAAAAUUAAAGUCCACACUACUGUAGUCCUCAGCUUGGACUUAACAUUUCCUGUUACAUUUCCAAAAAUAAAAUGAAUAAAAAUGUAAAAAAAUAAAAUAAAAUAAAAUGAAAUAAAAAAAAAAAGUAGAAGAGAUCUUCACAAAGUGCUUCCUCACUGUCAAAAAAAAACACUAUUACACAUUUCAUAUAUUUUUUAUUUUGAAUUUCAUUCUGAGAGAAUAUGGCACAAUGUAACCACAUAAUGCAGUUUCAUUUUACAGCUUCAUAAGUGCCCGGUGAUGGUAACACUCAUUGUCCAGAAACAAAUAAUCAAUCAAGAAUGCAUUAAAAAGGAAAAAAAAAAAAUCCAUACCAUUGUUUUACUGUACAGGAAGUAUCAUAGUGGGGAGAGAGAGGGAGAGGGAAGGGGAGGAGAAUAAAUGAGGGAUUCUUGGUGGGGAAGGGAGGGGAGGGGGGAAACAUUCAGAUAGUAGCUAUUGAACACAUGUAUGUACAUUUCAAAUGUACUGCAUCCUAAUUACAUAUAAUGUAUUAUCAUAUUAGAUAUAUACAAUUCAAACAAUAGACUUUUUUUUUUCCUAUUGCAAGAGAAGCCACAAGCCACAGUGAGUGAAUACACAAUGAACAUCUACAUACAGAAGCAAAUGAAAAAUGAACACUUGUAUGUACAUUUAACACUUGCAGCAGGCUACUUAAUUUUUUAUUUUUUAUUUUUUUUGUUUGCUGAUUUUGUUCAUCGUGACCCUUUAAAGUUCAGAUUGGGUCAAAAGAAUUCAACCCUCAACACGCUGGUUGCCCCACAAGAGAAAAAAAAAAAAAAAAAUCUUUUUCCCAGGUUGUUAAAAUUGCAAAAGUUAUAAAGUGUGUCCAGUGAGAUAGGAGCCGACGACCAGCUUCUUCCCAAGGUGAGUGUGAAGCCUUAGAAAUUUACAGGUGGAAUCAAAAUGAAGCCCUUGCCUUCUGGGCCUCUGGCUCACACUGAAACUAGUUUCUAGCUUUUGUCCUCCUCCUCCUCCUCCUGGGUUUUAUUUAUUUUUUUCCCCCCUUUCUGGCUGCAAAAGUCACUCUUGAAAUCACUUCUCCGAAGUUGAAAAGUUUGGAUCCAGUCGCUCAUUUUUGCAGGGCAACAAUCCAUUUCUUAGCAAAUCAUGACUGCAGAAAUGCACAUAUAUUUAUAGUUUCUGCUUUUAUAAUUAGAUUCUCUUUCAUAUCCCAUAAUAUUCAUUCUUUAUAGAUUUUAAGAACAUUUUUAAUUUGAAAAAAAAAAACAAAAAAACACUGGCUGUACACUGAUCAUAGUCUAAUUUGUAAUACUACAUUUGUACUUUGUACAAUGAUAAACAGAUUUAUAAAAUGUGAUAGAAAAUGUACAAUAUAAUGUAUUUCAUAUGUUAUUCCAGUACCACGCAAAGCUGUGUCCUAUAGUGAGUCUUUGGAAGCCUGUUGCUAUUGAAAGACUGUUUGAAAGAGGAAGGAGUGAUGGCAGAGACAGACGAUCACACUGUGCACAUCUUCCCUGAUGUGUGCCAUGAUAUUUUGUCCAAUCUGAUGUCUUCACGCUGAGGAUGCCAAUUGGAAAAAAUAUAACACCACACAGUGAGCUGCACACACACACACACACACACACACACACACACCCAUACAAAUGACAGCACUGAUCUCUACAUAAUGACACAGAGUUUGCACAAGGAAGAAUUUUCCCCUAUGAUAAAUGUGAACACACACACACACACACACGUUACACUCACUCACACACACACACUUGAUGGAAAAAUCACCCAAAACAGCCGUGUGUGCCUGCAGAAGAGUUUUGAAUUGAAAGAUGUCACCGCUGUGACUGUACACUGUUCGGUUUUUGAUAAAUUAUUUCAAAAAAGGCAUCGAGAUGAUUUCAGAUUGUUCAGUCCGAACUUUGCUUGCCUCUCCGAUCAGGCCGUCGCUGUUAAGAUGGAAAUUGCAGUAAUGGGAGCUCAGAGCUGAGACGCACUAUAUCUUUAACGAAA